GUGCAUUGAGAAAUACAGAGCAAUAGAUUUAGAGUCACUUUUAGAGUACUUUUCAAUAGAGUUAGAGUGUUUUAGGCAUCAUAGAGAAAUUAGUCUUGUGAACUGCAAUGAGGACUCUUUGAACCAUGUAUAAACAGCAUAGCAGAAAUCAAUUUUCUAUUGGCUGGCUCUGUUAAAGGCGUAACAUUAACCUUUUCAUAUGAAACCAGCUACUGAGGUAGACAUGUGUCAGGCAACUUUGAUGGUCUCAUAGACACACCUACACCAUGCUUUUAUACAACACUCUUUAAGCAGCAGUGAAACACUUCCUUCUGGUAUACAGGUUGAAUAUUUUCAUUCUUAUUGUGUAGCAGUGCCCUACCCAAUCUGUCUUUCCUAAUCUGAAGCUUGGUUUUCUCACACUGCAUUCCAGAAGAAUAGUUUGUUUCAAGACCGUGUCAAAAGGAAAAAUGAAUCCAUUUGAUUAUAACUACACUGAAGAAGAAUUACUAGCUGCGUAUGGAGAAAUUGAGGAGCCGUGUUCUGUGAAUCACAGAAAAAACAUUGAGAACUUCCUCCAGUUAUUCGUUCACCCCAUCAUUUGCAUUGUUGGUUUUAUUGGCAACACCUUGGUGAUUUUGACGUACGCUCUCUACAAGCGAACCAAGUCCAUGACGGAUGUGUACCUGUUGAACGUGGCAAUAGCUGACAUCCUGUUUGUGGUGGCUCUGCCUUUGAUCAUCUAUAGUGAACAGCAUGACUGGGCAAUGGGUAACUGGUCCUGCAAGCUUCUGCAUGGUGUCUACAGCGUCAACUUGUAUAGUGGCAUGUUGCUCCUAGCUUGCAUUAGUGGAGACCGCUACUUCGCCAUUGUGCAGGCCCGCAGGUCGUUCCGGCUGCGUUCUAGCACCCUGCUUUACAGCCGUCUCGUCUGCGUAGCUGUCUGGUUACUGGCCUUGGUCCUGUCCCUUCCCACCUUCGUGUUUUAUGAACGUUAUCAGCCCGGCCCUGUUGAAUCCAGCCUAUAUAACAGCACCCAGGACAGCAAUACCCCAUAUGAGUGCUUUUUCCGAUUUCAUUCGAACGAAACAGCACGCAUGAUGAAAACCAUGGUGCCAAGCUCUCAGGUAGCAGUGGGUUUCUGCUUACCAUUGCUGAUCAUGGGUUUCUGCUACUCCAGUGUCAUCGUCACCCUACUUCGAGCCAAGAACUUUCAAAGACACAAAGCAGUGCGUGUGGUCCUCACUGUGGUGCUUGUGUUUGUGGCCUGCCACAUGCCUUACAAUAUAGCACUGUUAUAUUACACCAUCAACAUUUUCAGUGAGCAGGAAUGCAGCCAUGAGGAAGCCGUAGAGUUGACCAUGAUCAUCACGAAAAGUCUGGCCUACGUGCACUCUUGUCUCAACCCCUUGCUGUAUGCCUUCAUCGGGGUGAACUUCAGAAACCAUUUCCAAAAGAUCUUACGGGACAUCUGGUGCUUGGGGAAGAAUUACAUGUCAGCACGGCGGUCCUCACGUGUUACCACUGAAAUGUACAUUUCUUCACGGCGGUCUGUAGAUGGCUCAACUAAUGACAAUGGCACUUCGUUUACAAUGUAAUAGGCCGCUGGAUAAGACAAGCAUCACAUUUUGGCUAUGUCCGAAACAGAUACCCUUGCUGCCCAGUCAGUAAGGCUUCUAAAGCACCAUAACAUCAUGUCUAAUGAUCUGGAACAAAUGCAGGUGAUCUUUAGAUAUUACCAAAUAAAUAUGUAAUGACUAGAAUUCAAUAGAAAUUUAAUCAUGCAAGGUAAAAAAUGAUUUUUAUUAUUUCCACCAACUGCCAGACUGCAUGCACAGAACUGGACACAUUUAAGCAGCCUUCAAAAAUCGGCCACAUGAUGUUUGGACGUGCCUUGAUGCCUUUCUACCUCUGCUUAUUACCUACGAAGGAGGCAUUGUUUAGGUUUUGGACACAGCUUUUGUUACUGCAUUUGGGUUCAGUGUCCAGAGAACUUUUUUGCAAAAAUGAAGGACUUUAAUAUAUUUGACUAUGAGAAAUGAAACCUAUAGACCUACAGUAGCGCCAUCUUUGAUUCUAGACGGGAAUGAAAAUGAGGCUUUGAGGGACUUAAUUAAGACUCAAUUAAAUGCACUGUAUAAAGCUAUCAAAAGCUCCUAGAUCACAUCUAAUUUUCAAUAACUCAUGUUGUCUGGACUCUAUAGUCUAUGAUUUCUUGGAAUUAUAUUUUUGCCAUUUCUCAUCAGCAGAAUGAUCCAAAAACACUUUAAACAACUUUACAACCCAUUGAAGAGACAGUACAUCUAUACCUCACAGCCUCGUUAUUAUUCUCGUCAAAAUCAAAGAUGCCGCUGCUGUGAAUAAGGUCUAUUACAUUGAUAAACUAAACAAAAUGUGUAAACACCAGAGAACAAACUGUAUACUGACCAUUUUUAACUAUGAACUUUGUGAUCAUUCUUUGUUUGCAAUGUGUAAAAUUAUGUAAAAGGCAGGCUAUAAGUCUCUGUAUAGGAAUUCAUUUUGCAAUGGAAGUGCACAGUAUGUAGUACUAAUGCAGAGUCUCCUUUUCUUUGUGUACUUUUUAAUUGUUGUAUAUAGAAUUUUCAUAUUUCAUUUUUCUAAUAAAUAAGGCUGAAUAAUACAAAAAAAGCAAAUGGUGAAAUUAGAACCAGUGCUGCUGCUUAUGUAAUUUCCCAUGCCCAGUUGAAUCAGUGGAGUCUGCUGAGACCAUUAUGUAAUACCACAUUUUUUAACACCCUAAAGGUUUAAGCCUGUGCUGCAAUAAUACAUGACUAAUUUGAUUUCUGACCUGGUUAACAUUCCACAAUAAUUUUGGCAUGGAUGUUUUGACACUCUUCACAAAGGUUUUCAAUGUUGUUGUUACUACUUGAGGUCCAACAUACAUAAAUCUUGCAAAGAAUGUCAUUGCCAUUGAGACAAUACUUAUUUUUGAUGUGAAUUCAUUUUUCAAAGCCAUUUUAAAUAACAGUCCAGUCCUAGUCUACAAAAAUUAUCAUGUUUAUUGGGGUGCAGGGUGUGCCCCUGCUAAAAAAAAAUAUCUGAAUCUUAAAUCAUCUUUGAAAUUAAAUGAAUUUUAAGUAUUUUUAAAUUGCAAAACAUACACUCACUGAGCACCUUAUUAAGAACAACGUCUUGUUAAUGAGAGAGGUCCACAGAGAAUGGCCAGACUGGUUCGAGCUGACAGAAAGGCUACAGUAACUCACAUAACCACUCUGUACAAUUGUAGUGAGCAGAAUAGCAUCUCAGAAUGCACAACAUAUCGAACCUUGAGGCGAAUGGGCUACAACAGCAGAAGACCACGUCUGGCACUUUAUUAGGACCAUAGUGUUCCUAAUAAAGUGCUCAGUGAGUUUAAUUUUUUUAAAUAUUGUGUUUUACAUAAAUUAUAUAAAAUAGCU